AUGGGCGCUGCAGACAUCACACAGGACCCAAGCUUUGACUCAAAAAUGGAUACGGAUAAGCCUCAGACCACGGUGUUCAUCCAAAAAGUGUACGAUCUCGUCCAGGAUGCUGAGACGGCGGACACUGUCAGUUGGGAAGAGUCUGGGGAGUCUUUCGUUAUCUGGCGGGUCGGAGACUUCACCGAAAAAGUGCUUCCUGCCUAUUUCAAACACAGCAACAUGUCGUCUUUUGUGAGACAGUUGAAUCAGUACGGGUUUCACAAGAUCAGUCACGAGCGCUGGGAGUUCCAGCACGAGUUCUUCCGACGAGACCGGCCGGACCUUUUGAGUCAGAUCAAGCGGAACCGGCCCGAGCGACGGAAGAGGGUACUGGGAGCAUCUGGUACGAGCGGCUCCUCGGGCUCGGUGAACCAUGGCAGCGCCUUCAAGCCAGUGCAGGGUGUGCGCAUGCUGCCCGGAGGGGUUGCCUCCAAACCGCGGCUAGACGCGAACGCUGCCUACCUUCAGCAGCACAUCAAUGUCCCGUUGGCUGCAUCUGAGCUGCUGGGCGAGGAGGAUCUGGCAACCUUCAACACUUCGGAUUCAGGGAAUCAGCGAAAACCGCCAUGGUUGAGUCGCAUCUUCGGACGGGGCAACAGAACAAUCGAGAUUGGUAAGUAUGGUUCGCUCGAGGACGAGGCUGCUCGUCUUCGCCGCGACAACAGCCUGUUAUUGCGAGAGCUUAGCGAACUGCGUCGUCUUUAUGCUCGCCUUGAACAGCGACUCGUCGAAAGUGAGCAGCGAGAAUCUGAACGGGAGGAACAGCUCCACAACCUACAAGGGUUCAUGCUCCGGCUCUUUUCUUCCGUGGAGAUAAUGAACAGCCAGCUAGCAUCUGCUGGUUUGGACUUUUUAGCCCUCAGUCCUGAAUGGACGCAAGCACUGACGUAUCUAAGCGAUCAGGGAGAUCUCUCGAACCGGCCAGUGCCUGACCUGCGCCAGGUGGGUGCGAUCUCUGGCCAGCACAUCCACGACACGGACCCGCUGGAGCUUUUACAACCCGAUUCAUCUCAAUUGGAAAAUGCCUCUGUUAGUAAUACCACCAGCGACUCGUUCGGCCGGGAGACCCCGCAAACCACAGUUGCAGACGCGUACAGCUCCGUUCAGCAGAGCGGCAUCAUCGAUCAGGAGCUAGACGCGCUCCAACAGCGAAUGCAACAAAUGUAUCAAGAGGAACGAGCUGGAUUCUCCACCCUGCACGCGUUUCUCGACCAGCAGCAAACGCGCCCGGGUCGCAGUGCACCGGAAGUCACCCCGAGCGUACCAGGUCUGCGCAUCCUCGGUGAAGAUGUUCUCCUGCAGGGACCAACCGGCUCAUCAGAAACAACGUAA